AUACCAGUAACCGUCAAAAAGCAAUUUUCAAAAUGGCUGACGAAAGUGAUAUCUUAGAAAGUUGGGAAGAAUUAAAUGAUAAUGUGCUGGAGCAAAAACUGCAAGACAUCAAACUUUCAGCUAGGACAACAAAUGGCUGCAGCAAUGGUGAAGCUGUUACACAGUUGAGAGAGGAAUCAAGCCGGACUCAGUAUGCCCCUCAGGUGAAAAUCUUGCAAAGGAAGAAUGAAAAGGCACCAACCAAUGCAGAACGUGCCAGGAACCUUAAAGGUCCUCAGAAGAGCAUUCAGCAACGUGAGGCAGAGUACAAUGAGGCCAGGAGACGUAUCUUGGGGGAGGGCUACACAGGCGCAGACAACACCAACAACAACGCCACACAGCCUUCACCACAGCAACGCCCCAUGAAGAUUGUGAAGCCAGAAGAUGGUUCCAAGAUGCAGACAGGCAAAGUUCAGAUACUGCGUGAUCCAAAAGGGCCAGAUGAUACUCGGGGCUUUGACCAACACAGAUAGCACUAGUCUACUAAUACCAUUGGUUGAUAAUGUAACCUGACUAACCCUAUGUUCUCUCUCACGCUUUGUGUGUGAGAGAGAUCGUUUGGUUUUUGGUUGAUGUGAAAAUUUGUUCCUCCUUAAACAUUUGUGUAUACCCUUCACCUAAAGUAUUUUCACAAAUUGAUUAUCAAACAUAUUUUAAUACAAACAAAAUUUAUUGUAAUUAUAAUGAUUGUAAAAUAGUUUCUGAUGUUCAUGUAACACAAUAUUAAUUAAAUACUAACUUUAGAUUUUUGCUGAGUAUGACAGAUUUCCAGGUGAAUACUCAUUAUACCAUCAUAUUUACAAAGUAUUAAGAGCAUUUGUGAACAAAUUCAAUUCUUUCAACCCAUGAACACUUUGUUUGUAAGAAAGAUGGUGGAAUUUGAUAGAGGGAGGAUAGGGUUUUAAUUAUGUCCCUACAUGAUAUGAAUGCACUUAGGUUAUACAGAUCAAGGCCUGAAAAUGAGUGCGUGUGCAUUAGGGGUACACACAUUCCUGAUGAACAGGAAUGUGCCACAAGACUGUUGUGCCAAGCCUUGAUACCUUAGUUGCAGUUGCUGAUGGGGAGUAGGAGUUGUAUCUCUGUAUGAGCACUGUCAGAAGGUUUUGACUUCGUAAGGCAAUUAGUGUGUGGUUCUCAAGGGAUGUGCUGACCCCUUAUGCGCAAGUUUGUUGAUGAGAUAAAGAGAUUAGCAUGACAAAAAGUUAGUGAGAAAGCAACAGGCUUUGCGAAGAUGUAUAUAAAAGGAACUUUGGCCAUAUGGCUAAAGAAAAUGUUAUUUCGCUGCAAGUUUUUCUCCAUAAAUUGCCCAAAUUAAAUAAGAGUUUUCUAUAGUGAGGCAAAGUUGGCUAAAGAAAAUUUUGAGCUUGUGGAAGCCCUUGGACUUGGCUAACAUUGUCAGUGGAUCCCUUUGUGAAAUAUUUAGGUACAUGUUACAAAUACAAUGAUCUAGAAUGACUUAGAGUGUCAGUGCAUAUUGCUUAGAUUGUCACCUUAUGUGAUGUAUUUUAAGCUGGUAAUCAGAUAAGAUUGAGUGCACAUGCAUUAUCCUGUAUGUCACAAAUGUAUUAAAUUUUUACCAUACAGUGUGUGCCUGACAUUUUAAUCAGAGGCAGUGCAUUAAGUAGAUUUUUUUAUUGCAAGUGCAGAUUACUCAGUAUAGAACUUUACAAUCUGUAUCAAACCUGCAUAAACAGAUGUUUUAAAUCUGACAUCGAUGGAAUGUAUUGUAUGGGAAAGAAUGUCCGUGUUUAUGUUGGAAUGAGUUUUAGCGUAACUGAUAUCCAGGGCUCAGUUGUUAAAAAGGUUACAUGAUGUUUAACGAUAACCAUGCUAAACUUUAAAAUGCACAUAUUCUAUCUUGGUAUAAAAACAUCUGUUUUAAGCAGUACACAGUAGUUACCAAUUUUGCAGAGUUCAGCCUUCAUAGCUAAGUUUAUGCCAGUUCAGAAAGAGAAAUUUGUUUUCAAUUGUUAACAAUUUAUUGUAACCAACUAUUACAGUUUUGAACAACAGGACCCUGCAGUUUACAGAGAGAUGUGGGAUUGUGAAGCUCUUAAUUUACAUUUUCAAUGUAUAUAGGUAACGGUAAUGCUUCGUGGACAGAGUUUUUUUUAUGAAGGCCUGGUUGUGCCAUUCAUUUUAAAUAUGAUAACAUGUGCUUGAAUUAUUAAUUAAUUAUAUUAAUUAUUUAAUACUGGAAGAAAUGUUUCCAAUGAGUAUUCAGUUACGUAUGUUCUUAUUCCUUUGAAAAAGGCUGCUUAUCUUUGUUUGGGUAGCUUUUCUUUUUUUCUUUUUUUUUAAAUUUAUCAUGUCUUGGGUUUUGUUAUAUAGAUAUGAUAUUUUUCUUAUUUUCUAUGUAAUAAAUCUUAAUCAUUAUGUGUGUAAUUCAUGCUUCUGUACCAGCAAAUUAAUUUACCAUAUUGCAUCUGUUUUAAGUAAUACUUUUGCUGAAUUUUGCGACUUAUAGUCAUUGACUGCUGUACUGAAAUUUGUGUAAUUAAAGUUGCAAUAUCAAUAACAAAUGUGACAAAACAGAACGAAAUAGUACUUUGAAAUAAACUAUUCUAAUGUUCUCUGUCUACCCCCAUUUACAACUAAUCAAGGUAUAAAAGAUAGAUGCCAACAUCCGUUUUUUACGCAUGCUUGAUUCGUGUUUUGAUUAGAAAAUUUUUACUGGGUGAUAAUGCAUUUGUUGCAUAAGGAGGAUGCUUUUUUAUGACAAUGCUUUUUUUAAACAGACUUGAAAGUCAUAGAAUUUUAUUGAUAUUUCAACUUAAUUAUUUAGAAAUAGACUUGAGGAAUGAUACUUUUGUUAUGUAUGUUAAAGCAGCUCAUUCUGUUGCACCAUGUUACAAGUGUAGUUACUUUCUUCAGAUAUAAAAUAAUUUUAAAUUCCAGCAACUUUUAAACACAUGUUCAAGACAUACCAAUAAUAAAAUUAAUUUAAAACAACAACAUAGCUAUAGUGUAAUAAUGGUUACUUUAUCGUUCACAUUUUGUAAACGGCAGUUGCUGUCAUGCUAUAUAUGUAGUUAUAACUUGCUUUGAGUUAUUGUGGUUGUAUUUUAUAUUCCAUUUAUCCACCUUAUGUUUUUUUAUUUAUAAAACUUCAAAAUACCUAAAUGAGAAUCGAUUUCAAAUACCAGUAGAUUAACAUGUUUCUUUCAUUACAUGGCGUUACACUUUUAUUUGUACAAAAUGUUUUUUUUAUGCCCCCGGACCGAAUGAUGGGAGGUAUGUUGUUUGUGGCCUGUCUGUCUGUCAUUCUGUGGAAAACUUUAACCUUGGUUAAAGUUUUGCAAUAACUUUUGCAAUAUUGAAGAUAGCAACUUGAUAUUUGGCAUGCAUGUGUAUAUCAUGGAGCUGCACAUUUUGAGUGGUGAAAGGUCAAGGUCAUCCUUCAAGGUCAAAGGUAAAAAAACCCACAAAUCCGAGGGAAGUGACAAGCUUUUAAGUGAGAUAAUUUCUAUUUAUCAUUUGGCAGGUACAGAUCAUUUUUACAAGGGAAGUAGUAUUUUUUAAAGGGAUAUAAUCAAAAAUAAAUCAAAGCGCACAGUAAGGGGCAUUGUGUUUCUGACAAACUCAUCUCUUGUUUAUUCAUAAGAUUACAUUUAUAAUGAAAACCAAGCAAUAAAUGUCUUCUCAUAAGAACCAGUAGUAAAGCUUUUUAUUCAGAGUAUAAUCUGAAACCCACCAAUCAUAUUGUAUGCUGUCCCAUGCUUUGUGAUUAAAAGGUUUAAAUGGUGCACAAGUGUUUGUAUAUUUUCCCCUUAUUGUUCUGGCUUAAAUUCUUUUCAGAGCAGAUUAAAGAUAAUUAAUUUGAUUAUUAUAAAUUGGAUGGCAAAUACGAUAUAAAUUAUAGAGCCCUAUCAAUGGGGAAUUGAAAAUGAAUAGAAUUGAAUUUAAGUUAAAUAAAGAAUGACAAAAUUGGAACCAAAAAAUGAAAAGUAUAUAAAUAUAUGAAAAAGUGGUAUUUACAUUUAGCUAUAAAAAGUUGUCUCAAUGACACACAGUGGGGUAAGAUAUCCAAUAGUAGUGUUGGUUUUAUGAUUAAGUGCAUGAUUUGUGUAGACAAGUUCAAAUCCCACUGAAGCAGUGUAUACUCAAGUUCGAGAUUCUGCUACAAUAUUCUAUUAAUUGAAUCAGUAAACAUGGCCAACAGAGGAUUUGCAUUAUGUUUGCAGCUACAUCCACAAUGUGUAUCAUUUAUUCAGCUUCAUUUGCCUUUAUUGGCGUCGCACUGAAGUGCGGCGACUAGUAUGUAAUACGUUUUUUUUUUCGCUUAUGGCAGGAGAAGUUAUUUUACAGAUCAAUGAAUAUAUUUUUGUUGUCAGAAUAUCUUGCAUAGUGGUGAUUUUUUGUGUAAAUUCGUGUAAAUAAGUACUGCAUUUGUGCCUAUUACAUUUACUACAACAUUUAUCGCCAAUAAUGCAAAGCUAAUUCUUUUAAUUAAUAACUGAUCACAGGGACUGGGCAAUAAUAAAGGAUCACAUGGACUGGGCAAAUACACGAACCGAUGAAACUUUCUGGUUUUGUAUAAAAACAAAACUUCUUUGUUCCACUAUCCUAGCAACCACCUAGUUACUAAUAAAGGCAAUAUAGAGCACGAAGCGCGACACUUAUUAUUAAUUGUAAUAGUGAGUCUUGAUAAAGGAAGCAGCCGCUUAUCAAUGAGGAGCACCAUCACAGCACCCGAGUCUCAUUACUAUCAAGUCCUCCUACAGGUUGUUUUUUUUAAGAACCACAUAUAGAAGGCCGCAGGCCUGACCCGUAUCUUGCCAGUGGUAUGGACCCUUUGGUAUGGACCUUUAACCCCACUCACAAUCCAGCGUUUAAACUUCUGGGUUUACAUUUAAACCGACUAUUAAUAGCUUAUUAAUAUCUUAGUAAGAAGGUAAUUUUUCACGCGGUUCCGUAGUGUAGUACCGUAAUUACUCUAUGUUUUCGGACACUAAGUUUUCGGACACCCCGUUUUUUAGCAAAAAUAAUUAUUUUUCGUGACUCUUAAUUUUCGGACACACGAGUUUUCGUCCAGAAUUAAUGUCUCUAAGUUUUCGGACAGUCUUUUUUACAGCGCUAUUUUACCAAAUUUCGGUCCUGUUUUCGAUAUCUAAUGACACUUCGAUCAUGGGGUUUUACAACCAGAUUAACAUCAUAAAACAUGACAGGUGCAUGCCUGAGGGCAACGGACCAUUACAUUUGCGUUAUAGGGUAAAUAACCUUGUAAACCGGUAUGAAUCAAUGGUUUCGCCCGAUAGCAUAAGCGUUAUGACAAUUACCAGGGGUAGUGCCAAUUAAUAUGAGUGAAUCCACAUGAGUGAAUCCUUUGUCUGUGGUUAAACCACGUGACCUAUGUAUCGGUCAGCUUAGCAAUUAGUGACGUCACAGCAGAACUGUGCUAUUAUCUACCGCAAUGGUACUUCCCCUUCUCAGUAAAAUAACUGACAAAUACUAAACGCUUCAAAGUGUGAUGCUCCCUAUUGCAAGUUUUACGAACAAUGGAAGGUGUAAGACAACAACUAUCGGAAAUAAACCAACAAAGAAUUCAUUGUUUGCUUUUUUGCGUUAAUUACAGGUUCAUACUAGCGAGUAUCGGUACAUCACAUGCUCUUCUUUGAACUCGUUGGUCAAAGUACAACCUUGUAGUAACGAUCUGUCAAAUAAAUUAAGCAUUUAAAAUUAUUUAAAAUGCAGUGCAAAUACAUAUAACUGUAAUUUAUACUAUACGGCAUGGUAUUUUACAAGCGCGUGCUAUUACCCUUAGUUGUUGAUACAAUUGACGCUAUUUCGGACACUUCAAUUGUCGACAGUAAGUUUUCGGACACCUGUAUUUUGUGAAUAUUUUUCGUAUCUAAGUUUUCGGACACGAAAAAAAAUUAUUAUUUUUAUGUGUCCGAAAACAUAGAGUAAUUACGGUAGUUACAAGCUCGCUUCACAUGUGAGAGGCCCAUGGUUCAAGCCCCAGUAAAAUCAAAUGAUUUUAUUUGUGUUCUAUGUUAACUUUUUGUUUUGAUGUAGACAUUUUAGUUUAAAUAAAUAUGCUGUUUUA